AUGGCCAGUCCGUCUCCACAAAGUAGCCCUAUGCCUCCACCACAAGCGCCUAGUCCAAUGGGGCCACCGACGCAAAGUCCAGCUCCGCCACAAUCGCCUCACAGCCCUUAUAACCAACAGCACGUGAAUGGACCACCGUCAUCUCAUCCUUCCGGUUCUGGACAACCACCAAUGCAAAAUCAUAUGCCCCCAUCGGGCCCACCUCACGCGAUUACGAAUACGAAUGGGCCACCAGGAGUGCCUCAGCAACAUCCUGGAAUGCCACCUAGCGGUCACCAAAUUCCGCCUCAUAUGGUUGGACCUCACAUGCCUGGUCCACCUGGACAUCCAAUGGGUGCUUCUGGGUCACAUCCACCUGGCCCGAAUGGUCACAGCAAUAUGCCUAACAACCCUCAGCAUUCCAAUAUGCCAGGACAAGGACCACCUCAUGGAUAUAUGCAACAUCAAAUUGGACAUAUUCCUAAUCAAGGCCCCAUGGCAAUGACUGGCGGUCCACCUCCCGGUAACGGCCCUCAAGGUCCUCCAGGUCCCCCAGGAGGGCCACUUCCUCUCGGUGGUCCCCCGCCGCACGGCGUCCACGCGCAAGGCAUGCCUCCUAUGCCGCCACACCACAGUAUGAUGUCGACACAAGGAGGUUACGCUCACGCGGUUCCAUCUCCCGGUGGUGCGCCGACUCCGCCCGGCGCUCCUCCUCCGAAUCAACCACCUUCCGGAGCCCCUCAGCAACCACCCGCUGCACAAACUCCACCCCAUGGAUCGGCUCCACCGCCAUCUACAUCCGCCGCAAAUGGAGCGCCGUCUUCUUCCCCGAUGCAAAGCUCGCUUGCUGCUUCUGGACCGGACAAUCUCAAUGCUCUUCAGCGAGCUAUCGAUUCUAUGGAAGAGAAGGGUCUCCAAGAGGACCCGCGAUAUUCACAGUUAUUGGCGAUUCGAGCACGGACAAAUUCUCAAGAUCCGAACAAAGGACUUUUUUCUAACAACCAACUAAGUCAAUUGAAAGCUCAAAUAGCUGCAUAUCGCAACCUGGCAAGAAAUCAGCCAAUAACACAGCAAAUUGCAAUGAUGGCUGCGGGCAAGCGCACCGGUGACACACCGCCCGAGUGUCCGACGCCGCCCGCGCAGCCGCCCUCGCCUUACAGUCAAGGUCAAUCCCAAGCAGGUGGACAGAGCGCAGUGGUGUCGGGAGGCAAGGGCGCCACCGGCGUGGACGCGGCGCGCGGCGGGGGCGGGGCGCCGCCCACUCCGCUGCCUAUGACGGGGCAAAUGGCUCCGCCUACGCAACCGACUCCGCCAUUGGUCAAUCCCCCGAUGGUCGGUGGUGCACCUGCACUGCGAGGCCCUGCGCCACCACGAGGCCCCGGGCCGGGCCCUCCCACAGGGCCCCCCACUCAACAGCCGGGUGUCCCAACUCCAGGUGCAAAGCAAAAUCGUAUCACCUCUAUACCAAAACCGGUUGGGAUUGAUCCUUUACAGAUCCUUAACGAGAGGGAAAAUAGAAUUGCAGCAAGAAUCGCACAUCGCAUGGAAAUCCUAUCAAACUUGCCUGCCAACAUAUCAGAUGAUCUCCGUUUGCAAGCACAAAUAGAACUGCGUGCUCUCCGUGUCCUUAAUUUCCAAAAGCAACUACGUUCUGAAAUUCUUGGCCAAGUUCGCCGCGACACUACUCUAGAAACGGCUGUAAAUAUCAAAGCGUACAAGCGCACGAAGAGGCAAGGUCUACGCGAAGCACGUGCUACUGAGAAGCUUGAAAAACAACAAAAGCUCGAAGCUGAAAGAAAACGCAGGCAGAAACACCAAGAAUUCCUUCAAACUGUGUUGCAACAUGCUAAAGACUUCAAAGAGUAUCAUCGCAAUAAUAUCGCUAAGCUAUCGCGCAUGAACAAAGCGAUCAUGAAUUACCACGCCAAUGCUGAGCGAGAGCAGAAGAAGGAACAAGAGCGCAUUGAAAAAGAGCGUAUGAGACGUUUGAUGGCGGAAGACGAAGAGGGGUACAGGAAGCUCAUUGAUCAGAAGAAAGACAAGCGUCUGGCGUUCCUUCUGUCCCAGACCGACGAGUACAUCGCGAGCCUCACGGAGAUGGUCAAACAACACAAGCAAGAGCAGCGCAAGAAACAACAAGAAGAGGAACGCCGGAAGAGGAAAUCCCGAAAGAAGAAGGUCCUGGAGGGCGGUGAAAUCGAUGCAACUGAUGAUAGUUCACAAACAUCAGAUUCUCGCGUUAGUGUUAUGGACCCAAAGACUGGCGAGAUACUGAAAGGCGAAGAAGCCCCCUUGUUGUCUCAAUUGAAGGACUGGAUGGAUACUCAUCCUGGUUGGGAGGUUUUGUCUGACUCUGACGACUCCGGUGAUGACAGCCAAGAUGACGAACGUAGGGAGAGGCACCAUCAUGAGAAGAGUGACAAAGAAAAGACAGACGAAGAGAAAGCUCGUGACAUGAUCAAGAAAGCUAAGGUCGAGGAUGAUGAGUAUAAGACUGAGGAACAGACUUACUAUAGUAUUGCGCACACUGUUCACGAAUCUGUCACUGAACAAGCAAGUAUCCUGGUUAAUGGAAAACUGAAAGAGUACCAAAUUAAGGGUUUGGAGUGGCUGGUAUCACUGUUCAACAAUAAUCUCAAUGGGAUUUUGGCAGACGAGAUGGGUCUCGGCAAGACUAUCCAAACCAUAGCAUUAGUUACUUAUCUGAUGGAGAAAAAGAAAGUUAAUGGACCAUUCUUAAUUAUUGUACCUCUCAGUACCCUAUCAAAUUGGGUCCUGGAGUUCGAGAAGUGGGCGCCCACCGUGCAAGUGGUUUCGUACAAGGGCUCGCCACAGUCGCGCCGCCUCGUGCAGACUCAGAUGCGUUCCACCAAGUUUAACGUGCUGCUCACCACCUACGAGUACGUCAUCAAGGACAAGGGCGUGCUGGCCAAGGUGCAGUGGAAGUACAUGAUUAUCGACGAGGGGCACCGCAUGAAGAACCACCACUGCAAGCUGACGCAGGUGCUGAACACGCACUACGUGGCGCCGCACCGCCUGCUGCUCACGGGCACGCCGCUGCAGAACAAGCUGCCCGAGCUGUGGGCGCUGCUCAACUUCCUGCUGCCCUCCAUCUUCAAGAGCUGCUCCACCUUCGAGCAGUGGUUCAACGCGCCCUUCGCCACCACCGGCGAGAAGGUGGAACUGAACGAGGAAGAAACGAUCCUUAUCAUCCGUCGUCUGCACAAAGUCCUGCGUCCAUUCUUACUGCGGCGACUCAAGAAGGAGGUGGAGAGCCAGUUGCCUGACAAAGUGGAGUACAUCAUCAAGUGCGACAUGAGUGGCCUGCAACGCGUGCUAUACAAACACAUGCAGUCGAAGGGCGUGCUGCUGACGGAUGGCUCGGAGAAGGGCAACAAGGGCAAGGGCGGCGCGAAAGCGCUUAUGAACACCAUCGUGCAGCUGCGCAAGCUCUGCAACCACCCCUUCAUGUUCCAGCACAUCGAGGAGAAGUUCUGCGACCACAUCGGCACCGGCGGCGGUGUGGUCACUGGGCCUGAUUUGUAUCGAGUGUCUGGUAAAUUUGAGCUUCUGGACCGCAUCUUGCCCAAACUGAAGAGAACUGGCCAUAGAGUGCUCGUGUUUUGUCAGAUGACACAGUGUAUGACCAUCAUUGAAGACUACCUUUCAUGGAGGGCUUUCCAGUAUUUGAGAUUGGACGGUAUGACGAAGGCGGAAGACCGCGGCGAGCUCCUGAAGAAGUUCAACGACGUGGACUCGGACUACUUCAUCUUCUUGCUGUCGACCCGCGCAGGUGGGCUCGGCCUCAACCUGCAGAGCGCGGACACCGUCAUCAUAUUCGACUCCGACUGGAACCCGCACCAGGAUCUGCAAGCUCAAGAUCGUGCGCAUCGUAUCGGACAACGAAAUGAAGUACGCGUGUUGCGUCUGAUGACUGUGAAUUCAGUUGAAGAACGAAUUUUAGCUGCCGCUAGAUAUAAACUUAACAUGGACGAAAAAGUUAUUCAGGCUGGUAUGUUCGACCAAAAAUCAACGGGCUCUGAGCGGCAACAGUUUUUGCAAAGCAUUUUACAUCAAGAUGGAGAUGAUGAAGAGGAGGAGAACGAGGUACCAGACGACGACCUCAUCAACGAGAUGAUCGCCCGUUCGGAGGAGGAGCUGGAGAUCUUCAAGCAGAUCGACCUCGAGCGCAAGAAGACCGAGACGCAAUCGCGCCUCAUUGACGAGUCCGAGCUGCCCGACUGGCUCGUCAAGAACGAUGACGAGGUUGUCUGCAACAAGGGUCAAGGUUGGAACUACCUAGAUGAAGAUGAGACACUAGGGCGUGGCUCCCGUCAACGUAAAGAAGUAGACUACACGGACUCGCUGACGGAAAAGGAGUGGCUGAAGGCCAUCGACGAGGAGUUCGAGGAAGACGAGGAGGAGGACGACGACGACGAGGUGCUCGACAAGAAGCGGAAGAGGGGCCGCAAGCGACGUCGUAAUCAGGAUGAUUCUGAUGAAGAGGAAAUCCCAAGUUCUUCAAAAAAGAAGAGCAAGACAGAAAUAAACCAACUUAAAAAAAGAUUAAAAAAUAUUAUGAAAAAAGUUAUCGACUAUUCAGAUGAAAAUGGCAGAGUGUUAUCAGAGCCUUUUAUGAAACUACCUUCACGGCGAGAACUUCCGGACUAUUACGAUGUUAUCAAAAAACCGUUAGAUAUCAAGAAAAUAAUGAACCGGAUUGAAGAUGGAAAGUAUAAUGAUAUUUCUGAUUUGGAACGUGAUUUCUUCACAUUAUGUGCAAAUGCUCAAACCUACAAUGAGGAAUCAUCCUUAAUUUACGCAGAUUCGGUUCGCCUUCGUAAUGUUUUUAUCGAAAUAAGACGUCGCUACGAGAGUGGACAAAAUUCAGAUGAUUCGGAUGACAUUGAUAAAGAUGAAGAAGAUUCAGAUGGAGAGUCAAAUCGUUCUAUGAAGAUGAAGAUCAAAUUAAAAAACAAAAGUAAGAGCACACCGUUGAGGAAACGAAACAAGCGGAAAUAUAUCUCUGACGAUGAAGAUUAUGAAGAAGAUUAGAUAUGGCUCGUACUCGUACAGUGAAGAUAAGCCCUUGUUAAGCAUAUAAAGAACUACAAAUAAAACUGUUGAAUCAGUUUCUAUAUUUCCAGAUAAAUAUUCAUCUAUUAAUUAUAUACUUAUAUGUUUAUAUAUAUUUCAUUGUAGAAUUUUUUGUUAGACCUAUUAGAAAUUAGCACAUAGCUAAAAUAAUUGUUAAAAAUAAGACAGAAUUUUGUCAAAAUAGCAACGAUAUCUUUUUUUCUGGUUACUUAUUUAAGUUAAUGAUUAUGUAAACAGCAACAUUUAUUUAGGAGAUUUUCGCAUUAAGGUUAUCCAAAUUAAUGCAAAUAUUAAUUUUAUUAGAAACUUCACCAGACUGCUGCUCUGCAACUGAUGACUUUAAAUCUGAUUCGACUGUAAUUUUAAUGUAUAAUUGUAAUUUAGAAUGUAAGUUUAAGUAUUCUGUUUUCACUAUUCAUAAAAAUACAAAAUAAAUGAAAAAAAAAUAUUGGGAUAUUUAUGUAAACAAUCUUUUAACUAUAGACAUCCAAUGAAUCAUGUAGCUGUAGAGGAGACACAUCUGGUAAAUAAAGUAAUUAAUAUCUA